UUUGCUUCAUUUCUUCGGUAGAGGCCAGACGCAGACGCUGGAGAGAGUAUCUUCUCCUCCUCCAUCAUCAGCAGCUCCCAGACAGAAGGAAUCUCUGGUUCUCUGCGAAUUUCCCAGCUCCGCGAACAAAGGCGCUCUCUUCCCACCAUCCCCAAGGACGAGUCAUGGCUGGAAAAGUUGUUGCUCCGGAAUCGUCUGGUGCUUUUGAGUAUGAGCUAUUUGAGGGUGACGCGGACAAUCUACGAACCGUGGUGGCUGCUUCGAAUCAUUCAACUUCGUGGAUUGACCCUGCAACGCUCAAGCUUAGGCACAGGAUUGGACGGGGCCUAUUUGGAGAUGUUUAUUUAGCAACUCGCCACCAGUCUGAUAAAGAUUAUGAACAGUUCCAUGAAGUUAUUGUCAAGAUGCUACGCCCUGUUAAGGAGGAUUGUUUCAGGACUGUGUUGGACAGGUUUGAUAAUGUUUUCGCGAAGUGUCAAGGUGUGGGAGGCAUUUGUUUAUUGCAUGGAGUAUCAAUUAUACGCGGAAGAAUUUGCUUUGUUAUGAAGUUCUAUGAGGGAUCAAUCGGUGACAAGAUGGCCCGCCUUAAAGGAGGCAAGCUUUCACUUACUGAUGUUUUGAGGUAUGGCCUCUCUUUGGCUGAGGGAAUAUCGGAGCUCCACUCGAAAGGUGUCCUAAUCCUUAAUCUCAAGCCCUGCAACUUCUUAUUGGACGAGAACGACCAAGCCUUUUUAGGAGAUAUUGGAAUCCCAUUCCUUUUGCUUGGAGUUCUGUCACCGAGUUCCGAUACUAUGACUCACACCCUUGGAACACCGAGCUACAUGGCCCCUGAACAGUGGCAACCUGAGAUAAUGGGCCCUGUUUCUUUAGAGACUGACUCAUGGGGAUUUGGGUGUAGUAUUGUGGAGAUGUUGAUGGGCCGUCCUCCUUGGCUCGGGAUGUCUGUUGAUGAGAUAAAUAACUCUGUUGUGAGAAAGCAAGAAAAGCCGGGAAUCCCUAGUGGCCUUCCUCCCCCUGUUGAGAAUGUUCUCCUUGGAUGUUUUGAGUAUGAUUUCAGGAGCAGGCCUCUCAUGAAGGACAUCAUACAGGCAUUCAAAAGUGUUUUGAAUGGGGACUACAGCGUUGCUAGACGAAGAGCUAUUGAAGAUGCAGCUGGUGAUCUUGGAUACACUGAGUGGUUCCUCUCGAAGGAUCAUCUCAUUGUGGGCGACACAGUCCGUUCUAGAAAGGCCCUGAACUCCUGCAGAGCUGGUAACAUGGAAAUACCUGAAGGGGUGAUUGUGGGACAAGACCAGAAUGGAUCCGCACUUGUCCGGGUCCAUGGAAUCCAUGACCCGGUGCGGGUCCACAUGCUGAGGCUUGAGCGGGUUAGCCAUGGGCUUGCCUCUGGAGACUGCGUCCGCCUGAAGGAGGAGGUCAUGGACAAGGAAAAAACCAAGCACUCCCCCGUUGGGAUCCUCCACUCGAUUGAUCGAGAUGGAUCUGUGACUGUCGGAUUCAUUGGGAUGGAGACCCUAUGGAAGGGAAAUUCAUCUCAUCUUCAGAUGGCAGAGGCUUACAGCGUGGGCCAAUUCGUGAGGCCAAAACCCGGUAUUCUGAGCCUGCGCUUCCAGUGGGCCCGAAGGCGUGACGGGGAAUGGGCCACAGGCCGGAUCUUGCGUGUCUACCCCAAUGGGUCUCUACUCGUGAAAUUUCCUGGGCUACUGAUGUUUGGGGCCGAGGAGGACACUUUUGUGGCCGACCCUUCUGAGGUCGAGCUUGUGUCGUUUCAUAACUCUCCGGGGAUUGUCAAAAAGUACAGACACCUUGAGGACUUCCACUGGGUUGUGAGGCCCGCUAUGAUCGCUCUCAGCCUCUUUGCGACUAUAAAAUUCGGGUCAUUCGUUCUGGGCCGGUCAAAGAGGAGGCCACCACAUGGAAAAGAAUCUCAGACAGAGGCUCAGAGCCAACAGAGACCCGUCAUUGAAGCGGUUGUAGAAGCUGCCAAUGGGCCUGGUUGGCUUCCCCGACAAUUGCGAUUCUGAUGUUCUGACAAGGAUCAGAGCUGCUGCACAUCAGGUUUAAGUCGAAUGUUAUUAAUAGAUUAGCAGAACAUUGGCCGAUGUUGAAUGAAUUGAUUCUGCACAGGUUGUGAUUGAUUGUUCACUUUCGUUGCAAGCAGAUAAUAUAUUGUUGUCCGGGUAAAUAUUGUAAAUAUUUGAACUUUAUGAUUACAAAGUACUUUCUCCUUCCAAA